AUGGCAGAGCCCGGCCCGCAUUUACCGCGACGCUCCUCGUCUCUAGCUUCUUCAGGGUCAACUAGAAGCCAAAGGGCUAGAACAACAUUGCGCACCCAGGCGCAAAAACGACACUCGACUUCCUCCAACCAGACAAACCAGACAACCGACCUCACAUCUUUCCCCUCGCUCUCCCCGCCGGACCACUCCCCCACUUUGACACGAGGCCUGACAAAUACGUUGAUGACGGAUGAGAAUGGUGAUGGGAUAAAUGAGACUGGCCGGGGACGGAAAGCGACCUUGGCAAAGCUCACGGGUGGUGUGUCUCAUAACACAGGUCGUGCAGCCCUCUUUGAUGAUUCGAUUUCUACACACGAUAUCCCCGGCGCACUGCAUUUGGCAGAUGAUGCGCCCAUUGAGCGAUUGAUUGCGAGUACCGGAGCCUCAGGCAAUUCGCUCGCGAUCUGGCCCAAACGGGAUGCCGAGAUCUCGGCUCUGAGGCAGCGUGCCGAUGUUCGGGAACGGGAGCUCAAACGUAUGCUCCGUGAAGUUUCGGUAUCCAACCAGGAUAUUGAACGCCGGCUAUAUCAGCUGGAGAACCCGGCCGGCGAUCGAGUCUCGGACACUGACAGUACUCACAGUGGUGACCAGGCGUCUCAGCAGUCAUCGUCUGGGCUUAAUGGGCUGAUGUCUCAGGCCAUGACGGAUGCAGUGGGCUCCCAGGUCGAUGUAGAAACGGGUAUUGCACCUGAACAUCAGGCCACUAUUCGUGCACAACGACCGGAGAAUGCUGAUGGACUGCCUGAGUAUACUACUAUUAAUCGCAAGCGGCAAGGCUCGCUCCGUGGCUGGCAGGAAUAUCUUUUUGGUUCCACAAACGCUAGCCGGAAGACUAGCCGCGCGAGCAGUGUGACGAGUGAUAUGCAAGGAGUUGCAGAGGAAGAUAUCGAGAGGGUUCGAGUACCGAGCAACCCUUCAACUCGGCGCAAAGCUCUUGAUGACCAGCUGUUUCAGCCUCCGGGUGACACAUUAGCAAAGCGUGUUGCUAAUAACUCUACCAACGGUGACGACUCAAGCAUCCACUCGCGAAAAUCUUCGCGCUCGCUUGGUUCGUGGACUGUAAAGUUAUUUGCUGGUAAUACUCAAGGAAAAGAUAAUAGUGACUCUGAAAGUGGCCGCAUCAAACCUCCAUCAGACCCUAGUCUUCUGCCACCCGGAAACCAAAAGGGUGCGAUGAGUGCGGUGGCAGCUUUGAAAAGAAUCAACAGCAAUACCAAUAUCCCCUCCACUCGGUCCGCAGGUGGUGCAAAUACUAUCUCUAAGAUGAAUCCAUCGAGUGUCCGGAGAACCCCGGCAGGGAGUGUGUCACAGGGUGCAACACCCGAAGGCACAGACAGAAGCUCGACCAAUCUUGGCCCUGUUGAGAUGGAUGCCAUCCUACCCAUGGAGUCCCGGCCUCCAACCCUUGCGCCUAUCUAUAAUAAAUCGGUGUCCGGUGAAUUUCUCACUGAUAGAUUUGGGUUCAUCUAUGACCAGCGCCGAAAGCGGCGUGAGAGAGAAGCAAACACGGCAAAGCCCACAAACCCUCGAUUGAGUAUUGCGGAGACACUUGGAAAUCUCCGUAGCGAUUCAUCCGAUGCGGAUGAUGAUUCCAUCAACCAACGGCCUGACUCUAUCAACAUCCCCGCAUCUCCCACUGGCUCACCUGAUGACCCUGAAAGUGGGCAUGUUGGAUUGCGUCGCUGGCAGGAUUACCUGAGAAUACCCUCGCGCCCAACAGAGCUUCUCUCUCAUACUCCAUUCACCGCCCCUAUAGUUUCUUUAACUACUGCGACGGAUAGUCGCCCACACAGCUCGUCGAUCUCAACGGACAAAGGCCUGUCAGUCAACCCUAGUCCUCAGCCAUCCGCAAGCACAUCAGCAGUCACAGCUGAUCGACCUGAAUUUGCAGGCACGAAUUCAGAUGAACCAGCGACAAUCUCCACAAACAGGCUAGGCGCUGCCGAGACCGAGCCUGUUAAGCUAUUGUUGGAGCAAUUAACUGAUCUCCACGAUACGCUGCAGCGAGAUCGUACGGUGCGGUGGAACGAGUUUCUCCGUAAAGUUCGCGCAGAGCGCCGUAAAGAAGGAGAAGCUGCGGCGGCUGCAUCCUCAGACCGCACCGUCGUCACUGCAGUUGAUACGCCGGAGGCCACUCUCACUGAUGGCGAAAUGAUUGGAAUCGCCGGACUUGGAAAUAAGGGUAAAGUCGGACGUGCCAAAUGGCGCGAAUUCCGCACGCUUGUGCUCGGCGGUAUUCCUGUCGCUCUCCGUGCGAAAGUCUGGUCUGAAUGUAGCGGAGCUUCUGCCAUGCGCAUUCCAGGAUACUACGAUGAGCUUGUCCGCGGCAUUGGAGGUACAGAGCCGGAUCCAUCGGUCGUCGCACAGAUCGACAUGGAUAUCCGGCGUACCUUGACUGAUAAUGUCUUCUUUCGCAAAGGGCCAGGCGUUGCAAAACUCAAAGAAGUGCUCUUGGCAUACUCACGUCGCAAUGGAGAGGUCGGGUACUGCCAGGGCAUGAAUCUUAUUGCCGCGUCUCUGUUGCUUAUCAUGCCUACGGCUGAAGAUGCAUUUUGGAUCUUGGUCUCCAUGAUUGAGAUCAUCCUUCCUCAACACUACUAUGACCAUGGUCUUCUAGCAUCUCGCGCUGACCAGGUCGUGCUACGCCAAUACAUCUCCGAACUUCUGCCCAAGUUGUCUGCUCACUUGGAAGACCUUGGAAUCGAAUUAGAAGCUCUGACCUUCCAGUGGUUCUUAUCCGUAUUUACAGAUUGUCUUUCUGCAGAGGCCUUGUACCGUGUUUGGGAUGUGGUGCUGUGUCUGAAUGUGACGAGCACAGUUGUUCCCAACGGCUCUGCAUCGACGACCAAAGACGGCAGUGACAAGAUUGCCCCAACAGCGGAGGACCUUGCUUCUGGGAGUGGCGGAGGUAGUACAUUCCUGUUUCAAGUUGCAUUGGCACUUUUGAAACUCAAUGAGCCGCAACUACUCACAACUUGCUCUACCCCUGCUGCUCUCUACACCUACAUCAAUCACCAAAUGACCAAUCACGCGAUCAGCAUCGAUGGCUUGAUCCAAGCUAGCGAAGCGCUACGUAAUAUGGUUCGUCGGGAGGAUGUUGUGACUCGUCGUGCUGUUGCCUUGCGUGAAAUGCGCGAGUUCAAUAGCACCUGA